AGCUUGCUGAUGACAGUGGGAUUGGACUCAGCCCUCACUCCCCUGUCAUUGCAGGUGUAUCCUCUGUUCACAGCAGGACCUAACUAAUGUGCCUAACCUGCCUGCCCUCUUUAUUCAGGAUGUUUUGGGAUAACAUGGAGUGAAUGUGUCUACUUUUUUAUUUGCCAGUAAUCAAUAGAUAAUUGGUUUUGUAGUAUUUUUAGGGAGCGUUGGUUUGAAUAACUGGGGUAGAACCAGUACAUCCCUAACCCAAGAUGAGUGCGACAAAGGAAGAUGUUGAAAAGUUCCUGGAUGGAAACCCGGCUUUCGCCCAGGGCUACUUCAACAAGAAGCUCACACCAGGGGCCCUCUCUGUGAUGGCGGGGAUCCCGGAGUCAAAUGUGGAUUUUGGGAUGUUACAGGAGCUGAGCCAGAUAGAGGAAGGCCAGAUCCUUUUCGACCUGAUCAAAGAAAUGCAGGAGAAUGUGAACAUGGAGAAAGUGGUGUUCAAGAUCCUGAAGAGGAUCGUCGCCCUGAUCCAAGCUGACCGCUGCAGCCUGUUCAUGUACCGGGAGAGGAACGGCAUCGCGGAGCUAGCCACGCGUCUUUUCAACAUCACCACAGAGUCUGAGCUGGAUGACUGUGUGGUUCACCCUGACCACGAGAUAGUCUUCCCCCUGGACCUUGGGGUGGUGGGAAAUGUGGCCCAGACCAAGAAACACAUCAAUUUGAAAGAUGCCAAUGAGAGCAGUCACUUCAGCUCGUUUGUUGAUGACCUGACAGAGUACAAAACCAGGAACAUAUUAGCCUCGCCUAUCAUGAACGGAGAGGAUGUGGUGGCUGUGAUCAUGGCCCUGAACAAGACCACUGGACCCCACUUCACCACUGAGGAUGAGGAUCUUUUUCUGAAGUAUCUCAGAAUAGCCUCUUUGAACCUGAAGAUUUACCAGCUGAACUACCUGUACAACUGUGAGACUCGAAAAGGACAGGUCCUGUUGUGGUCCGCCAACAAGGUGUUUGAGGAGCUGACAGACAUUGAGAGACAGUUCCAUAAAGCCCUGUAUACAGUGCGGGCAUACCUGAACUGUGACAGGUACUCUGUGGGCCUACUGGAUAUGACAAAGGAGAAGGAGUUCUUUGACAUCUGGCCAGUGUUGAUGGGAGAUCAGCCCCCCUACGCUGGACCUGUUACUCCGGAUGGCAGAGAAGUCAUAUUCUACAAAGUCAUUGAUUAUAUUUUGCAUGGAAAAGAGGAUAUCAAAGUUAUCGCGACUCCCACUCUAGAACACUGGGUGUUGUGUACUGGAUUGCCCACAUAUGUGGCCGAAACUGGUCUUAUAUGUAACAUCAUGAAUCCCACAACAGAGGAGAUGUUCAAGUUUCAGUCAGAGCCCUUGGAUGACAGUGGUUGGACCAUAAAGAAUGUGCUGUCCAUGCCAAUUGUCAACAUGAUGGAAGAGAUUGUGGGCGUGGCUACAUUCUACAACAGGAAAGAUGGGAAGCCAUUCGACCAGCAGGAUGAGGAGCUAAUGGAGGCUAUGACUAACUUCCUGGGCUGGUCCCACCUCAACACAGACACUAAUGACAGGAUGAAAAUGAUGGAGAACCGGAAAGACAUAGCCCAGGACAUGGUUCUCUACCACGUCAAGUGCCGUGAUGACGAAAUACAGACAAUCCUGAAAACCAGGCAGUAUUUCAACAGAGAGCCCUGUGACUGUGAAGAGGAUGAGUUUCUGCAGAUUCUGAAAAAAGAGCUACCCGGCCCCAAGAAGUUUGAGAUCUACGAGUUCGGGUUCUCUGACUUUGACUGCACAGAGCUGGAGCUGGUGAUGUGUGGGAUCCAGAUGUACUAUGAGGUCGGAGUGGUCAAGAAGUUCCAGGUUCCACAGGAGGUUCUGGUGCGUUUCCUGUUCUCUAUCAGCAAAGGCUACAGGAAAAUCACCUAUCACAACUGGCGCCACGGUUUCAAUGUUGGGCAGACUAUGUUCACACUGUUGACGACAGGGAACCUGAAAAGGUACUACACAGAUCUGGAGGUGAUGGCCAUGAUCACAUCUGCUUUUCUCCAUGAUAUGGACCACAGGGGGACAAACAACCUCUACCAGGUGAAAUCUGGUAACCCACUAGCCAAGCUUCACGGCUCGUCUGUCCUGGAGAGGCAUCAUCUAGAAUUUAGCAAGUUCCUUCUGGCAGACGAGUCCUUGAAUAUCUACCAGAACCUCAACAGAAGACAGAACGAGCAUGCCAUCCACCUCCUGGACAUUGCCAUCAUUGCAACAGACUUGCAACUCUAUUUCAACUUAUGCCUGCUCAUACCAUAACUCCACCGCCACCAUGGGGCACUCUGUUCACAACCUUGACAUCAGCAAACCGCUCGUCCACACGACACCAUACACGCUGUCAUCGGCCCGGUAGUUGAAACCCCGGGAUUCAUCUGUUAAGAGCACAUUUCUCCAGCGUGCCAGUGUCCAUAGAAGGUGAGCAUUUUCCGACACCUAACUGCAGUCAGGUCAAGACCCUGGUGAGGACAAUGAGCAUGCAGAUGAGCUUCCCCGAGAUGGUUUCUGACAGUUUGUGCAGAAAUUCUUUGGUUGUGCAAACCCACAGUUUCAUCAGCUGUCCGGGUGGCUGGUCUCAGACAAUCCCGCAGGUGAAGAAGCCGGAUGUGGAGGUCCUGGGUUGGUGUGGUCACACAUGGUCUGCGGUUGUGAGGCCAGCUGGACAUACUGCCAAAUUCUCUAAAAUGACAUUGGAGGCGACUUAUGGUAGAGAAAUGAACAGUCAAUUUUCUGGCAACAGCUUGAGUGGACAUUCCUGUAGUAGACAUGCCAACUGCACGCUCCUUCAAAACUUGAGACAUAUUUGACAUUGUGUUGUGUGACAAAACUGCAUUUUAGAGUGGCCUUUUACAGCCCCCAGCACAAAGUGCACACAUAUUCUUUAAUCAGCUUCUUGAUAUGCCACACCUGUCAGGUGGAUGGAUUAUCUAGGCAAAGGAGAAAUGCUCACUAACAGGGAUGUAAACAAAUUUGUUAAGCAUUUUAAGAGAAAUAAGCUUUUUUGUGCUUAUGGCAAAUGUCUGUGAUCUUUUAUUUCAACUUAUGAAACAUGGGACCAACACUUUACAUGUUUCGUUUAUAUUUUUGAUCAGUAUAUAUUUUUAGUCCAGCAAAUUCACCCAAAUCUAUCUGGACAUGAAUAAUACACUGAGUACACCAAACAGUGGUACACCUACCUAAUAUUAGGUUGAAUAUGAAACAUGGGACCUUCAGCUGUUCAGUGUAAUAACAGAAACAGUGACACAAGGAAUAAAUACACAGUGAAUAACAAUAACAAGUAAAAUAGCGUGGCUAUACAGUAUACAAGGAGUACUGAGACAGUGUGCAGGGUUCAAGGUAAUUGAGGUAGCUAUGUACACACAUGUAGGGGUUAAAUAAACAUUAAAUAAAAACCAUUUUAAAAAGGGGUAAAGUCACUAGGCAACAGAAUAGAUCAUAGACAGUAGUAGCAGCGCAUGUGAUGAGUGUGAAAGUGUGUGUGUGUAGUCAGUAUGCAUGUGUGCGUGUGUGCGUGUGUUAUGUGUGUGUGGACAUACAGUUGAAGUCGGAAGUUUACAUAUACUUAGGUUGGAGUCAUCAAAACUCGUUAUUCAACCACUCCACAAAUUUCUUUUUAAUCAAACUAUAGUUUUGGCAAGUCGAUUAGGACAUCUACUUUGUGCAUGACACAAGUAAUUUUUCCAGCAAUUGUUUACAGACAGAUUAUUUCACAUUUAAUUCACUGUAUCACAAUUCCAGUGGGUCAGAAGUUUACAUACACUAAGUUGAGUGUGUCUUUAAACAGCUUGGAGAAUUCCCCAAAAUUAUGUCAUUGCUUUAGAAGCUUCUGAUAGGCUAAUUGACAUCAUUUGAGUCAAUUGGAGGUGUACCUGUGAAUGUAUUUCAAGGCCUACGCUCAAACUCAGUGCCUCUUUGCUUUACAUCAUUGGAAAUCAAAAGAAAUCAGCCAAGACCUCAGAAAAACAAUUGUAGACCUCCACAAGUCUGGGUCAUCCUUGGGAGCAUCCGUCAUAGCCGUCAUACCGCUCAGGAAGGAGACGCGUUCUAUCUCCUAGAGAUUAACGAACUUUGGUGCGAAAAUUGUAAAUCAAUCCUAGAACAGCAGCAAACGACCUUGUGAAGAUGCUGGAGGAAACCGGUACAAAAGUAUCUAUAUCACAGUAAAACAAGUCCUAUAUCGACAUAACCUGAAAGGCCGCUCAGCAAGGAAGAAGCCACUGCUCUAAAACCGCCAUAAAAAAGCCACACUACGGUUUGCAACUGCACAUGGGGAUAACGAUUGUACUUUUUGGAGAAAUGUCCUCUGGUCUGAUGAAACAAAAAUAGAACUGUUUGGCCAUAAUGACCAUCGUUAUGUUUGGAGGAAAAGGGGGGAGGCUUGCAAGCCGAAAAACACCAUCCCAACCAUGAAACACGGGUGUGGCAGCAUCAUGUUGUGGGGGUGCUUUGCUGCAGGAGGGUCUGGUGCACGUCACAAAAUAGAUGGCAUCAUGAGGUUGGAAAAUUAUGCGGAUAUAUUGAAGCAACAUCUCAAGACAUCAGUCAGGAAGUUAAAGCUUGGUUGCAAAUGGGUCCUCCAAAUGGACAAUGACCGCAAGCAUACUUCCAAAGUUGUGGUAAAAAGACUUAAGGACAACAAAGUCAAGGUAUUGGAGUGGCCAUCACAAACCCCUGACCUAAAUCCUAUAGAAAAUGUGUGGGCAGAACUGAAAAAGCGUGUGCGAGCAGGGAGGCCUACAAACCUGACUCAGUUACACCAGCUCUGUCAGGAGGAAUGGGCCAAAAUUCACUGAACUUAUUGUGGGAAGCUUGUGGAAGGCUACCCAAAACGUUUGACACAAGUUAAACUAUUUAAAGGGAAUGCUACCAAAUGUUAAUUGAGUGGCCACUUCUGACCCACCGGGAAUGUGAUGAAAGAAAUAAAAGCUGAAAUAAAUAAUUCUCUCUACUAAUUCUCUCUACUCUCUCUACUAUUCUGACAUUUCACAUUCUGAAAAUAAAGUGGUGAUCCUAACUGACCCAAGACAAGGAAUUUUUACUCUGAUUAAAUGUCAGCAAUUGUUUAAAUAUAUUUGGCUAAGGUGUAUAAACUUCUGACUUCAACAUGUAAUUGUUUGUACUAUAUGUGUGUGUUGGGGUCCAGUGUGUUUGCUGAGGUUGCAGGAGUGUUAAUGCCCAAAUGGGAACUACAAAUGUGGCUCAUGCGCACAGUGUAGUAGCACUAUAAAAACAUCUUUCUUCAGACACUCAUAUACAGGUUGAAAGAUCCCUGUUAGGGGUAUCAUCUCAUGCAAGACCAAGGGAGUAAUCUCAUCACCUGUUCAUGUGGAAAAGCCCACGUAAGACAAACGAAAAGACAAUUAAAGCAAUGCAUAGCUGAACACCGCAGCUCAAUCAGGUGUAAGAACAUUGAUUAUCCAGUAGCAGCUCACUUUGUUAAAGCUAACCAUCCAAUCCCCUCCCUCAAAUACACAGGCAUUGAGCAUGUGGCUCAACCAAGGAGAGGAGGUAACAUCGAGAUCCUACUACUACAAAGGGAGGCUUACUGGAUAUCCUAUCUGAAAACAUUGACCCCUAGUUGCCUGAAUAUUGACUUUGAUCUCAGGCCCUUCUUAUGAACAUAUUUUUCCUUUAUGAACAAGUCUUAUAAAUUGAUAUAUUAUUUCUACAGAUUAUUAGCGUACAACUAACAUGUUCCCCCUGUUGAUGAUGCUCAUUAUACAUUAAGGUUGAACCAAAAGAUUACAUGUAACAAACAUGAAAUUAUGUGAAAUUGAAUGAAACAAUAAUGUAUGUUGAUGCUAAUAUGAUGUACAAUAUUCCAUUAUGUUUCUAUAUAAUAGCAAUAGUGUAAUAUAUUUAAUAUGCCAUAUAAUAUUUUUUAACAGUUUAACUAAUUCAUUUUAAUUAACUUAAUCAUUAUGAAACACCCCUCACUAUUGUCAUUGGUUGCACUAAUUGCACUGUUUGUCUACAUAACCUGGUUCAAAUCUUAGGAAGAAUGUAUUGUUGUUAAUGUGGACUCUUUCUCUGCAUAUUGAAGCACUGUUAAUCCAAAUGUUUGCUUUUCACAGCUUUAGCUGCAACAAUCAUGCCUACUUAGCCCUGUAAAGUUGUGGAAAACAACAUUUCACAUUGCACAGCUUACAACUUUAACAGAAUGUAUAAAUCUCUGUUUUUUCCAAUG